AGGUCAAAUUGUCCUGUUCGAUACAUACAAAUCCAAAUAGAACCCGGACAUUUCUUACAAAUAUAAGUAUGCCGUUUUAGAUUAAAAUAGCUAAUAUUGUUCUGAAGUUUUACUGAGUAUAGACAUCACAAGGAUUUUCUUUCAACAGGCAGUUACCGUACAUUGUUCUUCCAGGUCCUGUCGUAUUUCUACAUGCCGCUGUCAGCAUGGCCACGAAAGCAAAAGAACGUAAGGCGGCAGUAGCCAAAACAAAUUAUGUUCAUGUGAAGGACGAGUUUGAAAAUGACAACGAUGAAGAAGAGGAUGACGAAAAAGAAAACAUGUAUGGUGAUAGUCGUCAACCGGACGACGAAUUUAAUUUGGACGAGGUUUUGCGUUUGGGUGGAACCCGAGUAAGUAUCUGAGGCUAGCAAGCCAACUAACGUUACAAAAUUAACCUCCUGCUAACCUUCGCAGUAAACCACAACUGCGACUUCUAAAUCAAAUCUAAUUUGAUUGGUCACUUACACAUGGUUAGCAGAUGUUAUUGCGAGUGUAGCGAAAUGCUUAUGCUUCUAAAUCCGACAGUGCAGUAGUAUCUAACAGGUUAUAUCUAACAAUUCCACAACAAAACCUAAAAUCUAACAAAUUCCACAACAAAACGUAAUACACACAAUCUAGUAAAGGUAUGGGAUGAGAAUAUAUAAGUAUAAAAUAAGGGUGAGGGAUAAUAAGGGUUAAAUUUGGUUUAAAUAAUGCAAAAACAAAGUUUUGGAGAAGAAAGUAAAAGUGCAAUAUGUGCCAUGUAAGAAAGCUAACUUUUAAGUUCCUUGCUCAGAACAUGAGAACAUAUGAAAGCUGGUGGUUCCUUUUAACAUGAGUCUUCAAUAUUCCCAGGUAAGAAGUUUGAGGUUGUAGUUAUUAUAGGAAUUCUAGGACAAUUUCUCUCUACCAUUUAUAUUUCAUAUACCUUUGACUAUUGGAUGUUCUUAUAGGCACUUUAGUGUUGCCAGUGUAACAGUAGCUUCCGUCCCUCUCCUCACCACUACCUGGGCUCGAACCAGGAACACAUCGACAACAGCCACUCUCGAAGCAGCCAUUACCAUGCAGAGCAAGGGGACCAACUACUCCAAGUCUCACAGCGAGUGAUGUUUGAAACGCUAUUAGCGCGCACCCUGCUAACUAGCUAGCCAUUUCACAUCACAUCGUUACACCAGCCUAAUCUUGGGAGUUGGUGGGCUUGAAGUCAUAAACAGCGCAAUGCUUGAAGCACAGCAAAGAGCUACUAGCAAAACGCACGAAAGUGCUGUUUGAAUGAAUGCUUACGAGCCUGCUGGUGCCUACCAUCGCUCAGUCAGACUGCUCUAUCAAAUCAUAGACUUAAUUAUAACAUAACACACACAAAUACUAGCCUUAGGUCAUUAAUAUGGUCGAAUCCGGAAACUAUCAUCUCGAAAACAAGACAUUUAUUCUUUCAGUGAAAUACGGAACCGUUGCUUAUUUCGUCUAAUGGGUGGCAUCCAUAAGUCUAAAUAUUCCUGUUACAUUGCACAACCUUCAAUGUUAUGUCAUAAUUACGUAAAAUUCUGGCAAAUUAGGCGGCCCAAAAUGUUGCAUAUACCCUGACUCUGCGUGCAAUGAACACAAGAGAAGUGACACAAUUUCACCUGGUUAAUAUUGCUGCUAACCUGGAUUAUUUUAGCUAAAUAUGCAGGUUUAAAAAUAUAUACUUCUGUGUAAGAAAGGCAUUGAUGUUUAUGGUUAGGUACACAUUGGAGCAAGGACAGUCCUUUUUCACGAAUACGCACCGCAUCGAUUACGCACACAGGACACGCUAGAUAAAAUAGUAAUAUCAUCAACCAUGUGUAGUUAACUAGUGAUUAUGAUUGAUGGUUUUUUAUAAAAUAAGUUUAAUGCUAGCUAGCAACUUACCUUGGCUUACUGAUUCAGACCUGGAUGAUGACUUGGCUGGUGAUCUGGAUGAGGUGUCCCUAGGCAGUUUGGAUGAGGAGGACUUUGGAGAUGAACUUGGGGGGAGGGAGGGGCCUUCAUGGACAGCAUUGGAGAGGAUGAUGAGGAAGGUUCACACUUGACUCUAAUUUGUCUUUUAGUUCCAGAACUUGAUGAUAACACUGAUUCAGAUGAGAUGGAGGUUCCACACACAAGGCCAGGUUCUAAAAAGAGGAAGGCAUCAGAGGAUCUUGACUUCAGUGGUUGUUUAGGUUCCAAACCAGGGAAGAAAAGGAAAGGAAAGGAGGAAACAGCCAUGUUGGCAUCUGCUGAAGAGUUUGUGUAUAUGUUGGAUGAAAAUGCUGGUUCUAAGUUUGACAACAUUGGCAUGAAUGCUAUGUCCAACAAAGACAAAGCAGGUGUCAGGCAGCUCAAGUGGGAAGCCCAGAGAGACGACUGGGUCCGUGGCAGAGACAUCAAGACCCUACUGAAGAAGAAGGCCAUGUUUAACAAGAAGAAACAGUUUGGCAAACCAAGGGCUGGCAAAAAAACUAUCAAGAAGAACUAAUACUUUCUGGACCUAAGAUUACUUAUGUUUGUGUUCACACACCUCUAUUCCUUCUUGGACCAAUCUUCAAGGUCUUUCUCUCGAAUCCCAUAAACCCCAGCAUAUUCGUUGGACUUGUAAUAAACUGGAAAGAGAGUGAUAGUCUCUCAGCAUUCAACACAUUUAAUCACAUGAUGGUUCAGUGGGCAGCAUGUCCACUGUAGCAAAAUGUUUUGCAACUGUUUCCACUAAUGAAUACACCGGUGUAUUGCCUCAAUCUAACCCUGUUGCCAGUUCCAGGUUGUACUGCCAAUCAUUGGAGAAACGACUAAAUACCUGUGAAAUUAUGUAUUCUCUGUAUAGCUAUUUUAACUCUAUUGUAUUUUGUAUAGGUUUAUACAAGAAAUACAAAAUAAAAACAGUAUACUAGGA